GAGAGAAGCGGGAUGGGCCGGGGCCGGGCCGGGGGCCAGCGAUGGGCUGGGGUCAGCCAGGGGUGGGUGAGGGAACGAGCCAGGGACAGCGGUGGCUCCACGGGGACCCCGGGGUCGUCCUGCGCCCCCGUCCCGGCCGCUCCUGCCGCACACCCCCGCUCCAGCCCCCGGCACGCCCCGGCCCCGCCGCCCCGGGCCCGCGUCCGCUCACCGUCACCCCGUAGCGCAGCGCCAGUCCCGGCAGCGUGUCCCCGGGCUGCAGCCGGUGCUCCCGGGCGGCUCCGCCGCUCCCCGCCGCCAUGGCGGGCCGGCCCCGCUUCGCCGGCACUGGGGGCGGCUCAUGGGCAGCCCCCGGCCCGGUCACCGGGGGAGACCCCCGGGCGCCCGCGGGCCCCGCUGAGGCCGGAGACGCCAGGCCCGGCCCUGCCGCCCCCGCGCGGAGGCUUCUGGGACUUAGAGUCCGGGACCGGGGCUGUCCCCGCUGCUCCCUCGGCCAGUGACGCCGCCGUCUCCACCCCAACCCCCGGCUCCUUCCCGCUGCCCCGCCCCAGACCCUGCGCAUCGGUCGCUGCCGCCCGCUGAGGGGGUCGCUGCCCCCCAAUCCCCCCCGUGCAGUGGUGGGGGAGGCUCGGUGGGACUGCAACUCCCGUCAUGCCGCGGGGGCCGGGGCGCUCCCCUCUGAUUGGUGGGCGCCGGGGCGCUCCCCUCUGAUUGGUGGGCGCCGGGGCGCUCCCCUCUGAUUGGUGGGCGCCGGGGCGCUCCCCUCUGAUUGGUGGCCGCCGGGGCGCUCCCCUCUGAUUGGUGCCGCCGGGCGCGCGCGGCCCGCCGGGAAAGGGCGGCCGGAAGCGGGGCGGAAGCGGCGGUUGGCGCGGGAACGGCGCCCCGCGGCCGCCAUGUCCUUCAAGCGUGAUGGCGACGACCCGGCUCAGCUCGGGGUGCUGCAGAAGCGGCGCGUGGCGGAUUUGUUGGCCAAUUACAUCCCCGAGGACGAGGCGCUGCUGCUGCGGAGCGGGAGGUACGCCUGCACGGUCUGUGCCCACCGCCCGGUCUUCGACACCCUGGACAUGCUGACGGUGCACAGGGCCGGCAGGAGGCACACGGGCGGUGAGUGGGGGCUGCUGGGCGCGGGGUUGCAGCUCCCGGGGCCGCAGCCCCUCAGCCCUGUGCUGUGUUUGCAGCUCUGCAGCGCUGGUUCGGCAGGAGGCGCUCGCUGCGGGACGCGGCGCCGAGGCAGCAGGAGGCAGCGCCGGGGGCAGCGGCCGCACAGGGCUCCCCAGCCCCUCUCCUGGCCCGGACCCGGCGCAUCGCCCGCAGCGCCCUGCUCAAGGAGGCUCCGUACAGCAGCUGCUGCCGCAGGACGGGCGCGGAGGGAAGCGGCUCCCGGGCUGACGGCAGCCCCUGCGGAGCCGGCGCCGCCCCGGAGAGCAGCCCCGCGGCCGAGCUGCCCGGGCACCGCGGCACGACGCCGGACCCCCCGCAGGCGGCUGCAGCGCGGACACAGCCGAGCAGCGAGGGAAAGGGCUGGUCCUCGGCGCCGGGGCAGCCACAGGGGCUCAGCCCCGAGCGGCGCCGGGUCCUGCAGCGCUACCUGCAGCUGCGGAGCGCCGGCUGGAUCCAGGACCCCUCCGGCAAGUGGGUGAAGGAUGAGAACGUGGAAUUCGACUCGGACGAGGAGGAGCCGCCCGCGCUGCUGCCGGCCUGAGCCAGCCCCGGAGCCUGGAGGUGUCUGAGCCGCUGGGGCUGGGACGGGGGGUCGCGGCGUUCUGCUGCCAGGGGCAGCUGGAUCCGGCGCCUCUGUGGGGUGUCGCCCCCUCGGGACGGAGCCCUGCGAGUGCUGCCGGCCUGGCCCCUCCCCGGCCCCAGUCCCGCCCCGUUUCUCGCCGCUGGCAGCCGCCCGCAGGUCGUGGCCUUUCGGGGUGGCAGCUCCGGGUCCCCCCCUCCCUCCCCGGCCCUGGCAGCCGUCCCGGGGCCUGGGAAAGCGCUCGGCUGCAGCGCUCCCCCCUCCCCUUUCCUCCCACCCCGGGACUGUUGUUUACAAGGCUGCCCCCACCCCUGCUCCCCCUCCCCGAGGGACCCUUUGGGCUGGGGCUGAAUCCUGUCCCCAGGGGGGGUCCUGGCAGCUCUGCACAGAGCAAUGUUCCCCCCCAGGCGCUGCCCUUUACCUUCUUGUGCCUAUAAAUAGGUGGUGGCACCUAGAAA